UUUUGGCCAGUGCGCGCUUCCGUAGCCGUCUUAGUGGAAGAAUGGCCGGCUGGAUGUGGCUCCGCUGUAUUUUAGGGCCUCAUUUACAACGAAUUCAUCGUUCACCGGAUUCAUCCCGAUCUGAAGGAAGGGCAGGAAGAAGGGUAGGGAUAUUCGUGAUGUUUUGCACAUGUCUGUGUUCAGCCGACUACGAAAAAAGAAGAGUAUUUCUCCUGUUAGCAUCGAUGUAGCUACGGCAGAGUCCCCGGAAGUGUCAGCUGUUUGUUAUUGAACCCUUGCUGUCACUGCUGAGAUGUAAAUGAAUGAAAUGUCAGGAGUAUACCUCUACCUUUAUCUCCUUUAUUUUCUUUCCAAUUUCUUUCUUCCUCAAAGUUACAGCCAGUGUAGCUUUAGCUUCACAAACUGUCCUCCUCAAUGACAUGAACCUGGUUUGGCUAAUGCUAGAUUAUGACACUUUACCAAAAUAGAAAUUAAAGAUAAUUGUUAAAAUAAAACAAGUUCAUGUAAUAACAUGAAUGGCAUUUCUGAUCACUGUGUUUGUUCUGUUUAUCGUCCACUUUCUCCCGAAACUAGAACAACCUUUUGUGCUAAUCGAAAGCAAAUAUUCGUUAGAAACAUGAGAGUCAGACUUCAGCUAAAGUUGCUUUUACUUUCAACAGGGAUGGACCUACCAACCCAGGAGUCUGGAGAGGCACACCGACAGCAUCAUCGGUUGGGUCAGUAUGUUUGUAUAACUCAUCUUAGUGUAUAUGGAGGUCAUUUAUUCAUUCAUUUAUCCAGCAGCAGCAGUCCUGUCAAGUAAAGUUUGUCUUUCCUUCCUCCAGGCUUCAGCUCUUUGGUCUCUCUCCUACUACAGCUCUCCUCUUCUGCUCUGCUAUCUGUACAGAAAAGGUAGGUUUUCUUAAACAUUAUUGGUUGUAGACUUUAGGAGAGGAUUUACAAAAAUCUCUUUAAGCUAUUCAAGAUAUUUGUCAAGUAUGAGCCACUUUAAAAUCCUACCACCCUUUGUAAAGGACUCUACCAAUAAACUUAAACUAUCUCACUUUUAGUUUACUUCAAAUUUGUCUUGUUCUCCUUUUUGAGUUUAUUUUUCUCUCUUUUUCAGUGACUGAGAAUUUUGUGGUUUUAGAGUAAUUAUAGGACAUCAUGAAACUUUUGAUGGCAUCACCUUGAGCAUUUGGACACUGUGAUGGACACGGCUCAACAUUUGACAUUCGAGUUCACUGGGGCACAGUUAUCUGUAGACCAAUAGAAAAUGAAUAGAAAACUUUUUAGUUGUAGCUUUUUUUUGGCAUCUUUAGUGAUCUUCCCCAUCUCUGGAACUCACUCCCAUCUGACAUCCUGAAAAUUGACUCUCUCCCUCUCUUCAAAUCCAGACUUAAAACCCACCUGUUCAGAUUAGCACACACUGUAAAAUUUCCCUUGUCAUGUUUUUGUUUGUUUUAUUCAUACAUACACAUAUAUACUUGUUUUUCUUUUUGUUUUGUUUUCUCUAUUGCUUUUAUCCUGCUGUUUUUACUUCAUAAAGUGUCCUUGAGUGUCCAGAAAGGCGCUUAUAAAUAAAAAGUAUUAUUAUUUCUAUCUUUAGCCUUUUUGGCAACCAAAGGGGGGGACUCACUUGGUUACUCAGUGAUGAACUCUCUUAAUAAGAGCUGAUAUUCCAUCAUAUAGUUCUGCGUAAUGAGAUACGUUACUCAGCAGCUCUUGAGUUAACUGUCUAUCAAGACUUCUCUUCAGAUCCUCAAAGUUAAAGUCAUGUAAGAGCAUAAAGGCGUGCUUCUCGUUAUUCUUAAAGUGCAAACAGAGUAAUUUGUGGUGUAAUGUAAUAUGAUUGUUAUUUUACCAGUGAUAAUUGUCAAUUGAGAUAUGUCUCUGAAAUUUUAAGUUAAGACCUGGAAUACAUUAUCAGAUAUCAGAUCAUGCUUUGACAAUGCAAAUGAUGUCAGUAGUGGUAUAAUAUAAAAUAAUCUGAUGAAAUCAUGUGCUCAAAGUGAUAUCAGUUUACACUUUAGACAAAUUAGCACACCAAGUUAUAACUCAGUGUUUAGAUACACCGAAUGUCAGCUGAAUGAAAUAAUAUUAUCAUGUUUUGAUCCUGUAGUUUGAUAGUUUGAUGAAUGAAAACAUCAUGAUUUUGUCCAUUAAAGGUCUUUUGUGAGGGUAAACAAUUGAAUGAGUAAUGGUAGAUAGCUUAAACAAUGAAAUAUGUAGUGUAAAAUCAGAUGAGAUACCUGGGGUUUGAGGUUCCCAACACAGGGAAGAGAAAUAAAGAAGGAAAAAAUGUCCAUAAUCAGGGCCUGAGGGAAAUAGCCCCUUAAAGCGUAGGAAAUUGGUGUUCAUGCUACAAAAGGCAAAUAGAGGAUGACACGCCUUUGAGUACGGGUGUUAAUCUGCAUUGGCAAUAGCAGAAGGUGCUUGUAGGAAAUCCCAGUCACUGGACUGACUGCAGACUGGUCAUAGUCUCAUAUCAUUCAGGGUUUUUUCAGUCCUGAGAACAGAGCAAUGAGCAGACACAGAAAACAUAUUGUCUCCCAGACUGCUUGAAUUGCAGUGCUCUUAAAUGUUAUAAUGGAUGUUUUUAGUCACUGGAGUGGAAAAGAAACACAUCCUGACUCUGUAGAGAUCUUCUUCAUUCUUGACAUGUUUCAUUGGAAGCCUCCCCUCAGAAGAACGUGCAGUGACAUAAUGUCAAAUAUGUGUCUUUUUGGAUGACAUCUCUGCUUCCAUUAGGGGAGAAAAAUCGCCAAUGGGGGGAUGAUCUUGAGAAUUGCUGUUCUCCUACAGGCAGGAUUAAUAUAAAGUUAAUCAAGUGAAACAUUCAGCAAGACUGUGCAUCAAUAGAAAUUAAUUGCUUGAGGUUGUUUGCUCCUCCUUAGUGUAUAAUUAUGCCUCUGAUAUUGAUUUAUGCAUAUGGUUGUAGGGUAGUUGUCAAACUGUGAGUUCUUGUAUUGGUGUGCGUUAAUGAGGCUUAAGUCUGGCAGAGAAAAAAGAGAGGGUAUUAUGUUGAUGGCUGUGUCACAGUUUCUCUCUGUGUAACUACUUCUUUGUGUAUUCUUAGGUUACAUCUGCAGCUCUAAGCUGGUUCCUGUGAGUCAGUAUGUUGGGACUGUGCUGGUGUGUCUUCUGGGAGUCGCUUGUCUUAGAGGUAAGGCUACAGACCGAACACAAAUUCAAUGUAUUCAUCUUAAGAUAUCACUACAUACGCUGAAUAUUCUGCGUGCUGGUAAAAUUUUAUUAUCACUGAGGCAGUAACACAAAGUCCAAACCCACAGAGCAUACUAAACACACCCUUGAGGCUAUGCAGCUAAUUUUAAUGGUGCCCAAGGUGCACUUCACCCGUGUGUCGCUCUCUAUUUUCUUAUCCUCUGCCCUCCAUACUUCUCCCUUUUUUUCAUCAGGGUGGGGUAGGUGGAAGAGCUCUGAGUACCUUCAGUUCAUCACCAUUCUUGAAGAAACCAAGAAGAAUCACACACCAGCAAACAAAGUGAGUUCAUGGCUUAUUUAUACAGGAAUAAAAUGCAACGAUUUUCUGUUUGAUAAACAACUCCAUUAAACCUCACCCAAAAGAACAUUUCCCAUUCCCCUUUGCUUUUCAUGUAGAAAAAAGUGAGGUGCUACGACUUUGACUUCUCGCACUGGCCUUCAGAUUUCAGCUGGACAGAAGUCAGCAAUCCGUAAGUGAUUUCUUUUAUAUUUUAUAGCUAUUUGAAAUGGCCUUGUGUGCACUGCAAUUCUAUUCCCAUCAGGGCCGGUUCAUUAUAAAUACAGGCAUUCAAAGCACUGUCAAGUUCACUGGAUAAAUGCAUCCAUUAAAUGUCAAAAAGCAUUUUGGCUCAUCAUUAUUCACUGUAAGUCUUUGACUUUGUGUGCUGCAGGAAACUUUCCAAGGCUGGUGUUUCUCUGCUGAAGCCAGAGCCCAGAUUAAGAGGAGCAGCAGACAGUGUCCUGAACUCAGUGCGCACUCUACCAUGUCACGUCAUCAGGUUGAUGCAGUUUAUGCUACAUUAUCCACAAAAUAAAGCCUGGGCAUGACUGCAGAAUGACACUGCACAUUUGUUACCAGUAUAAACAAAAGGGAAUACAUAUAUUAUGCUUAUUCUUCAUUUGCAUUACAUUUUAUCACAAAAAAGUCAUUUUUCUCAGAAUAAUCAAAACAUUUGUCUGGUGUUUGUUUUCUUUCCUGCAGCUUUCUCAUUGCCCAUUCAUUUGGGAGGAGGAUGCUGUACCCUGGCUCUGUAGGCUUAUUGCAGAAAGCCAUGAGGCCUAUGCUCCAGCAGGGCCAGGCUAGGUUAAUAGAAGAGGUAUAAAAUCUACACAUUCACAUUCUGACUGUCUAAACUGACUUAAAUAAAUACCAGUCACCACAAUGGGACUUUCUCUCUCUGUUUUGUCACAGUUUGACGGUCAGAGAAACAAGCUGGUGGCCUGCGAUGGAAAUGAGAUUGACACAAUGUUUGUAGAUCGAAGAGGAGAUGGGGGGCAGACUGGCCAAACUUUGGUAAAUUACUGCAGUGAUUUGCUUUUUGUUUUGUGCUAUCUGCUUGGUUGAAGGGACCAACAAAGUCCCUUUGGUCACGCUGAGGUUGCUUCUUGAAUUGUAUUAUUCUUGCCCCAGGUCAUCUGCUGUGAGGGAAACGCAGGCUUCUAUGAGGUCGGCUGCAUGAACACUCCACUGGAGGGUAAGACAUGCUCUACUCUAACUGAGUGCAGAAACUGACAUUUAAAAGUGGUAUUUUCACUUUUAAAUUUGUAUUAGCUCAAUUGCUUGUUUCGAUGGAAAUAGCAUAAUUUUGUGUUUCUGUGAACUAUAGGUGGAUACUCUGUGCUGGGCUGGAACCACCCUGGCUUUGGUGGCAGUACAGUAAGUAAAACACUCAGAUUUUGGACUUUAUUUAAACCGUAUCAGUCAAUAGUGUAUGCCUGAGUGUCACGUAGUCCUAUAAAACACCACAGAGGAAAACAACGGCAUGUGGAAAGUCUGGUUUUAGUUGUUUAGGAUUGCGCAAGAGGGAGACUCCCAUGUUCAACAUUAUCAGUGGAGUGGAAUAAAACUUGUACAUCUCUCAGAUCUUUCGAAGUGCGUGGUGUUUUACGUGGGUAGAGUGCAACUGUCAUGUUUAAUAAUGCAUGACGAUUGCUUUUUUUACUUGUGUCAUUCUGCCAGGGAGUGCCAUUCCCCCAGAAUGAGGCCAAUGCCAUGGAUGUUGUGAUUCAAUUUGCAAUGCACAAGCUCGGGUUUCAGCUCAAAGACAUAGUCAUUUAUGCCUGGUCCAUAGGAGGAUUCACAGGUACACAAACAAACAUGACAGUGCAUCAGGGGCUUUUUUAAUUGUUGUUUUUUCUUCUGCGGUUUUGCAUGUUUCUCAUCACUCUGAAUUUCUCCUCUUAGCCAGCUGGGCAGCGAUGUCAUACCCAGAGAUCCAGUCAGUAGUAUUGGAUGCGUCCUUUGAUGACCUCUUACCCCUGGCCCUUAAGGUCAUGCCUGACAGCUGGAGUAAGUCCAAAGGGAUUAAAGAUAAUGAAUUCUGGAUCUGAUGCAGCAUGCCUUUUUUUUUAAAUAACUGCGCAUCUUUGUUUUCUCUCAGGACCAUUGGUGCAGCACACAGUGAGGCAGUACAUGAACCUCAACAACGCUGACCAGCUUCUCAAGUGAGUGGGACAGUCUAAUUUUAGGAACAUCAAAGUCAAAGUCCACUUCAUCGAACAUUAUGCAACAUAUUGGAGAGUAAUCAUGAAUCUUAAGUAGCUCACAUUGAUGCGACUGAUGAUAAAUGCCGCUUCCUCUCCUUCAGAUAUCAGGGACCAGUCCUGCUGAUCAGGAGAACAAGAGAUGAGAUCAUCACCACAGCGUGAGUUUGAACUGAGACUAAAAAAAAAGUCUGACCAACUUCAUGCGAACAUGCAUGUAAGCAGGAAAAGUGUUGGUUCAGAUCGAACAUGUGAACAACAAUAGCUUGGUUAGAAUAUGAUGGGGGAUCAGUGUUUCUUCUUUUUGCACAUGUGAAGAAAAAAACAGAAUAACUCCUGCUUCUUUAAGAGGAGGAUCAAAUUCAAACACCAACGAUCAAAUAGAAAUGCAAACUACCAAAAAAAAAAUUUUACUGCAGUUAUUCCAAAGAGUUAAUGCUCCAAUUGGUGGAGUUGCACUAAAGGGAAAAAGGUACUGAGUACAUGAAAAGGCUAUUAAGGACACUGGCAGCCUCUAAAUGAACCGAUAACCUUGGUUGCAUCGAUCAAAACAGAUACUUGACUCAGUUGACGUUCAGUACUUCAGUUAAGGGCUUACUUUGAAGUUUAACUGAAAUGUUUGUUGCCUGAAGUCAAAACUACUAUAUUACAGGAGUAUGUUUCAUAGAUAGCAAUAGCUGCUGAGGUAAUUUAGCAAGAUAUCAUGUAGGGCUGUCCCGAUACAAUAUUGAUAUCUGUCCGAUAUCAGCCAAAAAACAAAUAUUGGAUUAUAUCGGCCUGCAUCUAAAAUCUCAGAUAUCAGCACAAGCAGUCCAUUCCAGUCCAUUCCAGACUCCACUCCAGCACCUCUAGCUAGCAGCACUCGUAUCCAGCAUGCAGAGCCCACGUGAUCACAACAACAAUGUGUACUAAAGUACAAAGUAGCAAGGAGUAAGAAUGAUGUUGACUGUGUAGCAGUAUUUUUCGUUAAAGUCCGAAAAAGAUGUUGCAGCUGAGUGCAAAACUUGUCAUGCCAAGUUUUUGCCAAUAUCGGAUCAAUAUUGUUAUUGGCCGAUGCUGAAGGCUACACACAUCGGUAUCGUAUCGGAAGUAAAAAAAGUUGUAUCGGGACACCCCUACUAUCAUGCAAACCUAUUCACUCAUACAGCAUUUUGUUAUUGAUUAAGUGAUGAUAAAUAAAGCUAAGGAUAACCUGUUAGCUGUAAAAAGAACAUAAUACCAAGACAACCUGCAUGGAUUUGAUCACGGCUGUGAAGUUUGCCAAUUUACCAGUGACAUCAGCAAAGGGGAUCUAGUUGAACAUGCUGACCAAAACCAUAAAACUGUAUUUUUCCAUGUAAUAUACAUAGCAUUUAAUAAGCAUGCGUGGUCUUAUAUGUUGAUACUUUUUGUUUUUUUGUAAGGGUCUCUGUGAUGUUUUUGAACACUGGUUGUUUAAUGGCAUCAGCUGAUUCUGCUGCUUGUCUGCACUGGAGGUGUCAUAAGGAGACAUGGGUGCUUAAGGGCCAUGGUGACAUUUAGAGUUCUUCAGAAAUCAGUCUACAGGCUGUUAGAGGCAAACAAGAGGGACAGGGAAGGUCUCAUUUCCAGAGUUUAGUUAGUUUACGGAUUGACAUUACAGAGUAAUUUAUGCAACCUGCUCCUGUUGCUUUUAAUUCAGUACAUUGCGUUAAUGUUUUGCAUUUGUUUAAAUCAAUUUCACUGGCUUGAAAUUUACAUGUUUUUAUUGUCUUGGAGGCUGUGAGUGUUACAUUAUUGCUCCUAUUACCGUUUUAAAUCAGUCAAGAGGAUGCAAAGGAAAUAAAAUGCCAUUUGCUCUAACAUAAUACUUUAACCAACACACCACAAAACUACCAAGCAUUUAAUCACUGCUUGAUGAUAGCACAGUAAUUGUCAGUAUGGUAAGUAAAAUGCAGUGCUGCUACAGGCUGUGGUAUGAAAAAGCAACCACUUUCUCAGCCAGUUGGUCACAAGGCCACUUACACUAUAUGAUGUAAGAUUGUACACUGUGUUACAGAGGACCAGAGGACGUCAUGUCCAACAGAGGCAACGACCUCCUGCUCAAAUUGCUACAAUUCAGGUCAGCCUCAUAAUUUUCAACCAUUUAAUCUGAGUAUUUUUACUGCUGCAUGCACCCCCUCAUAUCUGGAGAGUGAUGCAGACUUUCUGUAACUUUUGAUGUCAUUUUCAUAUCAAGGUACCCAAAAAUAAUGACAGAUGAAGGGAUUAGAGCUGUCAGACAAUGGCUGGGAUCUUCUAAUCCAUUAGAAGAAGGUAAGGCGCUUCAUGUGAAAAACUGUAAACUCAAUCAGAAUCAAACUUACUGUGAUAAAUGAGUUAGAAUGUCUGAGUCAUAGCGAAAGGUGCAAAAGUAGUAGACAAGUGUCAGGCCAGUUACGUGACGACUGACAUGGGAUUUUAAAACAUUUUCAAGACAAGGGCAAAGCAGGAGAGAUGUUAAACAAGCGUCAAACAGUCAUGAAUUACAGCACCACAGAGAGCAAUAUCUGAAGAUGACAUGGUCGUCUCCCUGAAAACAGAUUAAAGGUACGCUUGUUACCAGAGCUGAUAUUCAUUCGACAGGCUGCAGCUUAUUUUAAUUAUUGUAGCAUUUCAAUAUCAAUACUUCUGUGCCUCAUUUACAUGAUACUGCCUUUUAUUUCGCUCAAGUCUGGCAAUAUAAAGAGACAGAAAAUGUGUCAUCAUCAUUAUCUAAGUGUGUUUUAUUUAUUGUGUCUGUCUUAUUCAUUUAAAGCGAAGUUGUUGACUUAAUAGAAAAAAGGUUUGGUCUACGAAAAGUCUUCGUUAAACUUAGUCUUGAAAACAAGGGCUCAUCUCCACUCAGUUUGGUAGUUUGUUUUAGCACAGACUAAUCCUGUAGAGGAUCCAGCUUGUUACAAUGGGACAGGAAUUGAAAAUAUCGUGAGGCAUUUUGGGGGUCUUGAUCUCAGUUGGGAGGCCAGAGAUCUUACAAAGGAUAACUCUUUAUAAACUUUGGGCACCUUAUUCACAACCAAGAACUAAAAACCUUCAGUGUGUACUUCAUAUUUACUGUAUCACUGCUAUAUUUUUAUCAUUAAAUAGGUAAAUUAAUAAUUUUUUUGUUAAUGAAUAUUCUCAGAUAUGGUUAAUGCAGAGUUCUGGCUGCACUCUUUACCUCUCUCUCCCUCUGGAUCACAUGCUGGUAGACUACAAAAAAUAAUGUGUGAUCGCACAAUAACGGCUCACUUCAUCACACAUUCAAACCUCCAAUUAUCACAAAGAAACUUCUCGUUUCCCUUGUAUUUAAAACCUCUACAAGAUCACGAAUGCCUUGUGCACAGGGAAUGAGUGGUUGACUUGAAGAGAGAGAGAGCUGAACAUGAGCAGAGCAGAGCAAGUGUUUAGUCGGGAAGGUGGCAGUCUGGUGAUAGGUCUACAUUUAUAUUGAAGGCUACAUUCAAGACGUACAAGCCAGAGCCCUUGGGAACCAGCACCCUUUACGACCUCCGUGUAUCACCUAUGCUUUGAGCUCGCCCUGGCUGUGUCUAACAACUGACUCUCUCUACAGCAUCUGUCUACAGUGGCUAUGAGGUGGACGAUGACUGGUGUGUAUCUGUGCUGCAGUCGUAUCAGGCAGAGAGGGAUGUUGUGUUCCCGUGGAGUGUUGGUAAGACCUGGCUCCUUUCACAUUUACAAGGCAAAUAGACUGCACACACACAGAGAGACACGGUCUAACCCUCUCCUCUUGUUACCAGGUGAGGACAUGACUCCAGAGGGAAGGCGGCAACUGGCUCUUUUCUUGGUAAGCGAAUCAUCUUUUGUUAUGCCCACGCGUAGCCUUGGUGUUCUGUUGUGUCUCCGGUCUGGUUCAAAGGGCAGCUACAUCUUGUUUGGAUUCUCUGCUUUAGUCGGCUCACCAGUCAGCUUUCCUUUUUCUGCAUGAGCCCAAUUUUCCGAUUUAAGAUUGGCUUACCUUCCCCCUCUUCUCUCACACUCCAAAAAAACACAUCACAGCUAUUCACAGACAUCAUUACCACUGAGGAACACUUUUCUGGUCGCCAUAGUAACCAGCUCACCUGUGCUCUCAGGUUGACUGGUGUAAUAUAUUUUACUGCGCUCAGCUUAUUGAAGUCAUUUAACAUCAAACAAGAGGAGUGCCAUCAAUUACAGCUAAUGCUAUGCAUUUCCUCCCUUGGUAAUGCCUUCUGAAUUAGGCUUUAUUCUCCUCCCGUGUAAACCCCUUAAGAGAUGGGAGAGAUUUGUGUGGCACCGAGCCAGGCGGACCCAGGCUAAUAUAAUCAAGUUGUGCACUUUCUGUUCAUUGCCCUCCCACACCUCUCAUUCUCCAUUCCUCCUCCAUCUCCGCUCUCUUUUCUCUCUCCAAGGCACGGAAGUACAUGCGAAACUUUGAAACAACACACUGCACUCCUCUCCCCGCCUCCGAGUUUCACCCACCCUGGAGACUGUAAAGAAACAGAGGGAUGGAUGAGAGGAAAUGAAGAGCGCAGAUUCAGGUGGCCUGUGGUCAGAGUGUGUUCCUGGCAUGGUGUGUGAAUGUAUAACUGUGAUUUUGUUCCAGAUUUUUUCCUCCCCUAUAAAAUUUGUAAAGUUUUAGUGUUGCUGUUGGGGCAUCUGGACAGAUCUCAUCUACAAACGCCUCCUUCCAAAAUCUUGUAAUAUAUGGUCCAUCGUUUUUUUUUUCUUUUUCUUUGAGGUUAGUGUUGAGUCAAACUUUUAGUGUUCGUCUUUUAAAAAAAAGAGGAUGCAUUUUAUGUGGAUGCAUAAGCCAACUCUCACUCCUUCCAUUGUUCCCUCUUUGGCUGUAUUUGUAAAGAAGCAUUGCACAUUGACAAGCAUUGUUAGAAUUUAAUAAAAUAAUCCUAACAGCAUCCAGUUCGGGGAAUUUUAAUCUUUGAAAAUGCAGCCAAAGUGCAACAGCUUUUCAGGUUUCUGUUUUCUAUGAGCACUGUCCUUCUGAACAAAGCUGUGUCUGAAAUGAUGCUCUUACAUGUUCUAUUAUAUAAGCUGAAUAAAAUGUUUGACAUAAGAGAAUGAAUUCAUUACUUUGUACCAUUGCUUUACAAAUUGCAGUGAUUAUCAGGCUGUCUUAGUACAAUACAUGAGUAAAAGACAUUUCUUUGUCACAGGAGCUUUAUUCAAUUCCCUUCAUACAACAAUCAGCUUGGAAAGUGAAUAUGAAAACGAAUACACUGACAUGAAAAAGUGAAGAUACACGGUGAUUUAUAUUCUGCUUCGACAAACAUUACAUCAUUUUCCUGAA